CGCAUGCGCACGAGCAGCCAGAAGAUGGCGGCUGUAAUGGCCGCACUUUUUUUUCAAACUAGUGACUCCCAGAAAGCAUUGCGCGCAUUUGUAACGAAUUUCCGUUCAAGUUUGUAUUUUAGGCGCCAUUUUCGAGUGAAGGACCCGGAGCCGAAACACCGGCAGAAGCGCAGCCUAGUGUGUCUCUAACCCUGGUCCGAGAGGACCUCGUCACAGGGUCUCCGGCCCGAGUGCACGAGCGACCAUGCAGCGCAGAGGCGCCCCGACUUCGACCGCCCGGCGCGCCCCGGACCCGCCCCGGAGCCCUGCUGGGGCGGACGACGACGUGGAGCCCGAGCCCGCAGCCACGGGCGAAACUCCAAGCGAGGAAAUUGAUAAUAGAAGUUUAGAAGAGAUUUUGAAUAGCAUCCCUCCUCCCCCGCCUCCAGCAAUGACCAAUGAAGCUGGAGCUCCUCGGCUAAUGAUAACUCAUAUUGUUAACCAGAACUUCAAAUCCUAUGCCGGUGAAAAAAUUUUGGGACCUUUUCAUAAGCGUUUUUCCUGUAUUAUUGGGCCAAAUGGUAGUGGCAAGUCCAACGUUAUUGAUUCUAUGCUUUUUGUGUUUGGCUAUCGAGCACAAAAAAUAAGAUCUAAAAAGCUCUCAGUACUGAUACACAAUUCUGAUGAACACAAAGAUAUUCAAAGUUGUACUGUAGAAGUUCAUUUUCAAAAGAUAAUCGAUAAGGAAGGGGACGAUUAUGAAGUCAUUCCUAACAGUAACUUCUAUGUGUCUAGAACAGCAUAUAGAGAUAAUACCUCUGUCUAUCACAUAAGUGGAAAGAAGAAAACAUUUAAGGAUGUUGGAAAUCUUCUCCGAAGUCAUGGAAUUGACUUGGACCAUAACAGAUUUUUAAUCUUACAGGGUGAAGUUGAACAAAUUGCUAUGAUGAAACCAAAAGGCCAGACUGAACAUGAUGAGGGUAUGCUUGAGUAUUUAGAAGAUAUAAUUGGUUGUGGACGACUAAAUGAACCUAUUAAAGUCUUGUGUCGGAGAGUUGAAAUAUUAAAUGAACACAGAGGAGAGAAGUUAAACAGAGUUAAGAUGGUAGAAAAAGAAAAGGAUGCCCUAGAAGGAGAGAAAAACAUAGCCAUUGAAUUUCUCACUUUGGAAAAUGAAAUAUUUAACAAAAAGAAUCAUCUUUGUCAGUAUUACAUUUAUGAUCUCCAGAAAAGGAUUGCCAAUAUGGAAGCACAAAAGAAAAUAAUUCAUGAAGAUACCAAAGAAAUUAAUCAAAAGAGCAACAUACUGUCAAAUGAAAUGAAAACCAAGAAUAAAGCUGUAAAAGAUGUAGAGAAGAAACUGAAUAAAAUUACAAAAUAUAUUGAGGAAAACAAAGAAAAGUUUACACAAUUAGAUUUGGAAGAUGUUCAAGUUAGGGAAAAAUUAAAACAUGCUACAAGUAAAGCCAAAAAACUGGAGAAACAGCUUCAGAAAGAUAAAGAAAAGGUUGAAGAAUUUAAAAGUUUACCUGCCAUAAGUGAGAAGACUAUAACUGAGACAACAGCCAGAAGUAAUACCCUUGAAAAGGAAAAAGAAAAAGAAGAAGAAAAAUUAAAGGAAGUUAUGGAUAGUCUUAAACAGGAAACACAAGGACUUCAGAAGGAAAAAGAAAGUCGAGAAAAAGAACUUAUGGGUUUUAGCAAAUCUGUAAAUGAAGCACGUUCAAAGAUGGAUGUAGCCCAAUCAGAACUUGAUAUCUAUCUCAGUCGCCAUAAUACUGCAGUGUCUCAAUUAACUAAGGCCAAGGAAGCUCUAACGGCAGCUUCUGAGACUCUGAAAGAAAGAAAAACUGCAAUUGAAGAUAUAGAAGCAAAACUCCCUCAAACUGAAAAAGAAUUAAAGGAGAAAGAAAAGGAGCUUCAAAAGCUUACACAAGAAGAAAUAAAUUUCAAAAAUUUGGUUCGUGAUCUUUUCCAAAAAGUUGAAGAAGCAAAGAGUUCUUUAGCAAUGAAUCGAAGUAGGGGGAAAGUCCUUGAUGCAAUAAUUCAAGAAAAAAAUUCUGGCAGGAUUCCAGGAAUUUAUGGAAGACUGGGGGACUUAGGAGCAAUUGAUGAGAAGUAUGAUGUUGCUAUUUCCUCCUGUUGCCAUGCAUUAGACUACAUUGUUGUUGAUUCUAUUGAUACUGCCCAAGAAUGUGUAAACUUCCUUAAAAGUCAGAAUAUUGGGGUUGCAACCUUUAUAGGUUUGGACAAGAUGGCAGUAUGGGCAAAGAAAAUGGCUAAAAUUCAAACUCCUGAAAAUACUCCUCGGUUGUUUGAUUUAAUAAAAGUGAAAGAUGAGAAAAUACGCCAAGCUUUUUAUUUUGCUUUACGGGACACCCUAGUAGCUGACAACUUAGAUCAAGCCACAAGAGUAGCCUAUCAAAAGGAUAGAAGAUGGAGAGUAGUGACUUUACAGGGACAGAUCAUUGAACAAUCAGGUACAAUGACUGGUGGUGGAACCAGAGUGGCAAAAGGAAGAAUGGGCUCAUCAGUCGUUGUUGAAAUCUCUGAGGAGCAGGUAAAUAAGAUGGAAUUGCAGUUGCAGAAAGAUUCUCAAAAAGCUGCGCAAAUUCAGGAACAGAAAGUACGGUUGGAAGAAGCAGUACUUAAAUUACGACACAGUGAACGAGAAAUGAGGAAUACGCUAGAAAAGUUUACUGCGAGCAUCCAGCGUUUGUCAGAGCAAGAAGAAUAUUUGAAUGUCCAAGUUAAAGAGCUUGAAGCUAAUGUACUUGCUACAGCCCCUGACAAAAAAAAGCAGAAACUUCUAGAAGAAAAUGUUACUACUUUCAAAACAGAAUAUGACAAUGUGGCUGAGAGAGCUAAUAAAGUAGAAGAUGAAGUUAAAAGGUUACACAGUCUCAUCAUAGAAAUCAAUAACCAUAAACUCAAGGCCCAACAAGACAAACUUGAUAAGAUAAAUAAGCAAUUAGAUGAAUGUGCUUCUGCUAUUACUAAAGCCCAAGUAGCAAUCAAGACUGCUGACAGGAAUCUUAAAAAAGCACAAGACUCUGUCUUUCGCACGGAGAAAGAAAUAAAAGAUACUGAGAAAGAAGUAGAAGACCUUACAGCAGAACUGAAAAAUCUUGAAGAAAAGGCAACAGAAGUUAUACAGAAUACAAAUGCUGCAGAGGAGUCUUUACCAGAGAUCCAGAAAGAACAUCGUAAUCUACUUCAAGAACUAAAAGUAAUUCAAGAAAAUGAACAUGCUCUUCAAAAAGAUGCACUUAGUAUUAAACUGAAACUUGAACAAAUAGAUGGUCACAUCACUGAACAUAAUUCUAAAAUAAAAUAUUGGCAAAAAGAGAUUUCAAAAAUAUCAUUGCAUCCCAUAGAAGAUAAUCCAGUCAGGGAGAUUUCUAUUCUAAGUCCAGAGGAUCUUGAAGCAAUCAAGAAUCCAGAUUCUAUAACAAAUCAAAUUGCACUUUUGGAAGCUCAGUGUCAUGAAAUGAAGCCAAACCUUGGUGCUAUUGCAGAGUACAAAAAGAAGGAAGAAUUAUAUUUACAACGAGUAGCUGAAUUGGACAAAAUUACUUCUGAAAGAGAUAAUUUUAGACAGGCAUAUGAAGAUCUUCGUAAACAAAGGCUUAAUGAAUUCAUGGCAGGUUUUUAUAUCAUAACAAAUAAAUUAAAGGAAAAUUACCAGAUGCUUACUUUGGGAGGGGAUGCUGAACUGGAGCUUGUAGAUAGCUUGGAUCCUUUCUCUGAAGGAAUCAUGUUCAGUGUUCGACCACCUAAGAAAAGUUGGAAGAAAAUCUUUAACCUUUCAGGAGGAGAGAAAACACUAAGUUCAUUGGCCUUAGUGUUUGCUCUUCACCACUACAAACCUACACCAUUAUAUUUUAUGGAUGAGAUUGAUGCAGCGCUUGAUUUUAAAAAUGUGUCCAUUGUUGCAUUUUACAUAUAUGAACAAACAAAAAAUGCCCAGUUCAUAAUAAUUUCUCUUCGAAAUAAUAUGUUUGAGAUUUCAGAUAGACUUAUAGGAAUUUACAAGACAUACAAUAUAACAAAAAGUGUGGCAGUAAACCCAAAGGAAAUUGCAUCAAAAGAACUUUAAGUUUGUUCUUAAAGGAUUCUUAAAAUUGAAUAUUGUGUAUGUAUAGCUGGUUUUUUACUUGUACAGAAUUAUAAUUUGUAAAUAAAAUAUUCCCAAAUUGAA